AUUAGCGAACAGAAUGUCCGUCCUUGCAUGAAGGUAAACAUCAAAUCAAUCGCCCCUCUUCAUACAAAAUAAAUUAAACAAUGAUGUUCUUUGCAAGAAUUGUUCUAACCGUAUUGUUUCUGUACCACGAAACGAAGACAAGGUCAGGGAAAACAAGAGUUUUGUUGAAGAAUGAUUUCUCCUCUUCUACCUCAACUUUCACCGAGGAAGAUCAUCGCUGAGAAAGGUGGUUUAAUCACUUUUACAUGAUUAAUAAAGAACGAGCUUAGAAAUUUAUCGUCUGCCGCUUCAGCAAUUUUCUUCUUCAUGAAAUCGAAGGUAGGAAUAUAUUUUUGGUGGGAAAGCAUAAAAAUAUUUCUGUUUCUUUCUUGCUUCACUUCUGGUCAUAUAAUUCAUGAAUAUGGCAGUGACGAUAUUAUGGAUGCUUUUGCCGAAGAUACCAAUAUCUGUAAAAAUGACUUAUCAGACAAAGUCAUAUUUUGUCGUUUUUUGAACGGAGGGAAACUUCAAGUAUUUGAAAUAAAUCCAUGCCUCUGCACGCACAUCCUCCUAGAUUUUGAAACUUCAGCUUCAGAUUUAAAGAAAUUUACCUAUCUGCGUUCAUUGAAUCACAGGCUCCAAAUCUUAGGAACUAUUUCUGUUGACGUGUCUAACGUGACUAUCAAUCCUCAAAACGUGGCUGCUUGGGUUUUAAACAAUCAAUUCGAUGGAUUGGAUUUAUUAGUUAAAACUGAAGCUGCCUCAAAUGAUACAAAACCAAAUAAUGUUGUUUAUUUCAUAAAGGAAAUGAAUAAUUUAUUGAAGAAAUCUCGCGAAGGAUCCCCAAAAGCUUUGAUGCUAACUCUCACAGGAAAUACACUUUUUCAUUUAGAAAAAAUACUCAGUCAGGACGAAUUCAGGGACAUUGAUUUCUUGAGUAUAUUAGAAAUGAAUGAAACUGAUUCAAACUCAUCGAGGAACUCCUUUUUAAAUUUAAGACGACUGAUGGAAGAACGAACUCUAAAAGAAAAGAUUUUGAUAUCUCUAAGCAUUCGUCGAACUUUGGCAGCUCAAUACAAUGGAAAGGAUUUACAUGAAAUCUGCAGGCUUAUGGACAAUAAUGGUUUCAAACAGUCCUCUAAAGAAGUGGGAAAAGGAAAGGAACUCUUCGAUGCCAUCAAAAAUAAAACUCAAACAGUCAUCCAGGAGGGAUACGCUGGGCUUGAUGUUUGGUCAUUGAAUGAUGACGAUUAUUUGAAAUUUUGCGAGAAAAAGCGAUUUCCAAUUCUUCAUUUAAUACGAGAUGUCUUCAAAAGUGAAAAACCUCCCUUCAACACAUUCAAGGAUUUAGAUAUAGCACUUUCGACCGGAGAAUCUCAAAUAGUUGGCGAAAUUCAACUUUUGCCAGAACAAAACAUAAAUUCAAAGCCUCUUGAAAGAUUUAAAUGCGACAAAAUAGGUUUCUUCCGUCACCCGGGAGACUGUACAAAAUUCUAUCACUGCUCUGAAUACCAAGCCCCGAAGCGCAAUAAUAGUAAGGAAUAUGCAGUUUUCGUUUAUAAAUGCCCUAGAGGAUUAGUUUAUGAUGAAUUACAAGGAUCUUGCAACUGGCCCACACACUCUGAACCUUGUCAAGGAUCAGGUGAAUUAACUCCCGUUGCAGCCAAGAAAUUCCAAUGCACGAAGCCAGGAUUUCACGCGGAUUCAAAAGAUUGUCGGUGGUUUUACUACUGUUUGGAUUUAGGUGAUGGAACGUUAACAGCUUUUGAGUUUUUGUGUCCAUCUCAUCUCUUAGGAUUUGACGAGGAAAAACUUCUCUGUAAUUGGAAAUGGAUGGUAACAGCUUGCGGAAGUUACACUCCAAUGGAAGGAACUGCAAAUACAAAUUCUACACAAAUUUCUUCUUCGAAUUCUCCUAAAGAUGAAGAAAAUACUUUCAAACUUUCAAAAGCUCUUGGUUUUCCCCACGAAACUUCGAAUGGACACCCGAUUCCAACUCAGUUGACCGGCACACAUGGACAAAGGAAACCUUUGAUAGCCACAGAAAUUUCUACUCCUUUCGAAAACAAACUAAAAAAUAAUGUCGCUGAAGUUCAAAUUACUAUUCCACAUAAGAGUGGACCAGAGAAAAUAUCCUUCCAAAGUGACAAAAGUAUUGAUGCAGAAAAAUUACCUUUCAGACAUACGAAUGAGAAGAGCUACGGAAGGGCCGUUUGGCAUAGAUCUAUGAUUAAUAAAGAUAGACAGACUGCUGAUCAUAGUUCUAAGGCAUUAGAUAGAUUGAUAGAACAAAUAAAAAAUUCUCGUACUACUCAAAAACCCAAGUUUGAUCAAAAUGGGGAUCAGAGACAAGGUAUUGGAAAGGUAACAAAAAUUGAACCUAAGCUACAUCAACCUGAAAUAUACCAAAACAGACCUCAGGAAAUAACUUUUAAUGUAAGACAACAGUUAGCUCCUUUCGAACCAAACCAAAGCAAUAUUCCGAAAUUUAUUCCAUUUGUGCCCGGAAAUCUCCAGGGUAGGUCCGUUGGUACGUAUAAAGAGAACGAAAUAAGGAAUAGAAUUAAUGAUGCGUCUCGUCACGAUACGGAGAAACUCAAUGCCCAGCCAUACGCCAAUGUAAAAUGCUCAAAAUUGCUUGAAAACAAUUUAGAUUUUGGCUGCAUUGGGGAAGUUAGUUUAGUUGUGAACAUGAAAAAUGGUGCGGAUACUAAUAAAUUUAUCAUCAAAGAUGAUCAGUUGUCUCGAUCAGCGUAUCAAGGCACAGAACAAAUUACUCAAAAAAUUAAAAACAAUAAUGUAUCAGAUUCGCAAAAGAUCGAUUUUGCAUCCAAUCAUUUGCUAGAUAAUAAAGCACAGAAAGCCAGACCCUUAUACACCCAAGGAAGGUCAGUGUCUUCCGAUAAUAGCGGAAAUAUUUACCCAAGAGCCUUAAGCCUAACACAAGAGGCUGAUGCCAAAAAUAAUGUUAAUAUUACAAACGAUUCCAGCAAUAGCGCAAUAGACCAAAACAGGGAAGCUGUACUUGAGGAUGGAGAUGUCUUACGUAUAAAUUUAUCAACACCAUCAACGGAGAAGAUAGAAAGUACAACUAGACUUAGAAAUCACAUAGAGAGAGAAACAGACGAUGACAACAACAAAAAAUCGAAAGAAACAGUCAUGUCCAUAAAUUUUUAUUCUCAAGGCGUUCUCUUGAAUGUCUUUUUAAGUCAUAUGAAUGAAAUACCACCUCAAACUCUCAUUGAAGUUGAUAAUAUGCUGAAGAAGUUUAUGAAAGAUGGGCAUAUAAACAUAAAACUCCUGGAGGAUAAGUUAAAUGCUUCAACUGAAGGCAUGCCAAGGGAAAUGAAUGUGUCAAAAAUGUCAAGUGUUGCAGAUAUGAUUGACAUGUUAGAGAAAAUGAUCAACUCAACGAAUAAAGUUGACGGAAUAAGCCUAUCUGAAAGAGAUAACGAAACAGUGACUAACGUGACUCAAACAUCAGAAACUCGUGUAAACGGGAACGCAACAGAGAUAAUUACGAAAGUCAACGAAGGAUUUGAAACUUCAACUGUAAUGAACGAGUAUUAUAUUAAAAUACACGAAGUAAAUUCCACUGAUCGCAAAACAAAUCAGAGCACUGACUUACCGAAUUCUAACAAUAGCCGACGAUUGUCACCAAUUUUGCUACAAAAUAAUACUCAAGAAAAUAAGGGCUAUGAAAAUAAUGUGCCAUUUGUAAGAAGACGCUUAAUUCGAAAGUUUAAAUUACCUAGUAUCAAAGAACAGUUGGAUCUUCAAAACAAGCAUCGAAAUGCAGAUACUGAAAGCAAACCAGAAAGUGACAUUUCUUCUUCACAUCUAAGAACCACGGAGAGAGCUCCUACAGAGAUCACAAGCGUAUCACCAAAACGUUCGAGAUUUCCUUCUAUCCGAGAACAAUUGGAAAACCAGAGGCAAGAAAAUUUAGCUUCGAAAAUCUUAAAACAAUCAGAUUUAAACUACGACCUUAAAAAGAACUUUUAUGGCGGAGAAAUACAAUCCCAUGUAAACAAAGAUAUCAAAUAUGAUGAUGAUCAAUAUCAAUUUGGCGAAAGAAUUAAAGUCAUAAAUUACGAAGGAAAUGAUCAUUUAUAUCCACAAGAUCCAUCGAGAGUUUCUGCACCGGUAAAUUCUUUUAACUCACAAAUUAGUCCAAAUAUAAAUGUAAACAGAAGAGAGGAGCACGAACAGCCCUUUCACAAUUUAUUUAAUAAUCGAACAACUCAGCAACAAUCAUAUUCCAAAGAACUUCCACAUAACGAAAUUAAUUUUUAUGGAAUAAAUAACAGCGAAGAACGAAGACUUCUCUUAGAUCAUUCUCAGUUUUAUUACAAACUUCCAAUUCAGCCUAUUCCAUAUAGGUCAGAAAAUCCAAUUUGGCGUUCUGAAAUUCCUAACAAGGAAUUUUCUGAUAAAAGGGAUCCUUCACUAGAAAUCGUCUUUAAUAGGAAUCAAAAUACAGCACAUGAACAUGAUAAUAAUAAGCAGCUCAACUCCGAUGGCUUCAGUUUAAGACAUAAUUCUGAUGAUGACUACAGAAGACAAACUUCUGAUAGCAACUACAGAAAACAAACUUCUGAUGACAACUACCGAAGGCAAACUUCUGAUGACAACUACAGAAGGCAAACUUCUGACGACAACUACAGAAGGCAAACUUCUGAUGACAACUACCGAAGGCAAACUUCUGAUGACAACUACAGAAGGCAAACUUCUGAUGACAACUACAGAAGGCAAACUUCUGAUGACAACUACAGAAGGCAAACUUCUGAUGACAACUACGGAAUAUCAAAUCUUGAUGAAAAUGGUGAUGGUUAUAGGAGACAAACCUCCGAAGACAACUAUGGGAGACAAAUUGUUGGAGAUAACCGUGCAAAACAAACUUCUGAUGAUAACUAUAAUAUUAACAAUUAUGGCGACAUCAAAGAAUCGUUUGCUGUGGAUGAUACAAGAAGACGUAUUUUUGAUGAAACUGUAAGAGCACAAGCUUUCGACCACUCUCACCAAGAACAAACUUCUUAUAACCCCCAGAGAAACCACCAUUUUAAGGAAAUACAACGACAACAAUCAUCCAAUGAUGCCAUAAAUAACCAAGCGCAUAAUGAUUUCACCAGAACAUAUCUCAAUAAUUAUCACAGUAGAAGGCCAACUGUUGAUUUCAGAAAUGGUUAUAUUACAGAUACUUUCGAAAGGCAAAUACCAAAAGAUAACUCCCGAAGAAUAACUAAUACAGGCAUUCCUGAAAGUACACAGAGUAAUUACGAUUUUCCUUGGGGUGAAACACCUGAUGCGUUUAACAAUCAGCACUCGCUUCAAAAUUCAGAUGUAAUACACCAUACAGAUAAUAUUCAUCACACACAAUCAUUUAAUAACUAUCCAAGGCACACGCACCCAAUUGUUCAAGAGAAACGUAAAAAACGUAGAAAGUUGAGGAUAUUAGUGAAAAAGCGUCGAAACAAUGAUACUGAUAACGAGCGAGGACGUCAACCAAUCGAUGGUCAAAUGAAAAUACCCAAGCAUUUAUUAACCGAAUUGAAAUCGACGCUUAUGAAGAAGCUAGAAUCUGAAGGUAAAACUGACGUCGAAUUGCAGAUCAGAUUCCAGGACAACGUAUGGAACAUUCCGUUCGUAAAUGACCAAAGGGAUCAGUCGAUGUCCCCCGUGAUUUGUACUCGAGCAGGUCUUUUCCAACAUCCGAAAGAUUGCAAUAUGUUUUACGAGUGUUUUUGGGAUAAGUGGUUGAAUAAAUUUACACUGCAUGUUUUUUCUUGCCCCGUUAAACUUGUGUAUGACAACAGUAUUCGAGGUUGCAGCCGACCUAGUUUUGAAUCUAGUUGCAGCAAUUCAAUUUUGUGAUUGUGAAAAAGUUAAAAACUGACGUCAAAUACUGUGCCAAACGUGAAUCAUAAAAAGAACAGUUGCUCAAGUAGAACUAUAGCGUUCUCAUUUCCUAUGAACUUUGAAAAGGUGUGGAAGCUUUACAAACAGCAACUUUGUUAGGGACUGGUUAAAAUGCUUAUAGGGACUUAUUUAGGGAAAACCAUACAGUCCUAUCCGAUAGGAGUAUUAACAUAAUCAUUUAGUUUUUAUUUUAAAACACUUUUAUCAUGCAGAUUGUUUAAAAGUAACGGUCUUUUAAUUAUUCAAAUUUUUUACAGUCAUAACUUAAACAGUCAUACUAAUUUUAAGGCCUAUUACUAUCAUAUUUUUAUCCGUAUCGAGAACGAGGAUUUUCCCCUUGCCUGUUUCAAAUUGUACCUCCAGAAUUUACAAAUAUUUUCCAUUGUAUGAAAGGAUAAUCGAUUCAAUGGAACUUUAAAAAAAAACUGUUUAUGCCAGUUUGAAAGACAUGCUUUUAAGAAAAAUGCGUAAUGUAUACGUAAGAUACUCCUGCAAAUUUGUUUAUAACAUGUUUAGCUGAUUUAUAGACGGCUGAAAAAAAUGUGUCACAUGAGAUUUUGAGAAAGACUUUGAAAUUAAAUCACACAAAAAAAAAAUCUUUCACUACAAACGUUUUUUCAAAACAUCCUAAUAAUAUUAAAUUAAUUAAUGGAAAUGUAAUUUUAAGGAGUAGGGACGUUCUCAGCUAAUGUAUUCUUUAUUUGAAAGAGACACUAGUUUAAUUUCCAAUUUACUGAAACCUUAGUUCGUGAAUUAUACCAAACAAGACUAUAAAAUAAUCGUAUAAGCACGACUUUUGUAAAUAUAACAUUUUGUGGAAAUUAAUAUCCAAUAAAACUUUUUGAAUAAAA